AGCGCGCAGUAUAUAGUGUUAUACGACCGUGCUUACUGCUUAUGAAUGUUUUACGGAAUUAUAACUAGCUGGCGCCUUUUAUUAUAAACGUGAAAAUUGUUAAAAACAUUAAUACGAUAUUUCUAACCGUGAAAAGAAAUUAACCAAAAUGUUAGUGUUAUUUGAAACUCCUGCGGGAUAUGCAAUUUUCAAGUUACUUGAUGAAGAUAAGUUAACAGAAGUAGAAAAUCUUUAUCAUGAUUUUGAAACACCUGAAGCAGCUAGUAAGAUAGUGAAGUUGAAACACUUUGAAAAGUUUGCCGACACUACUGAGGCUCUUGUAGCUACAACUGCUGCAGUAGAAGGUAAACUUUGUAAAUCAUUAAAGAAGAUACUUAAAAAACAUUGUAAUGAACUUCAAGAACAACUAGCUGUAGCUGAUGCUAAGCUAGGUAAUGCUAUAAAGGAUAAACUGAGUUUGUCUUGUGUCAGUAAUACUGCUAUACAAGAAUUAAUGAGAUGUAUAAGAAGCCAGAUGGAUAGUUUAUUGGCUGGUUUACCUAAAAAAGAAAUAACAGCAAUGGCAUUGGGUUUAGCACAUAGCCUUUCUAGGUACAAAUUGAAAUUUUCACCUGAUAAAAUUGAUACUAUGAUAAUACAAGCUGUUUGUUUAUUAGAUGAUUUAGACAAAGAAUUAAAUAACUAUGUUAUGCGUUGUCGUGAAUGGUAUGGUUGGCACUUUCCAGAACUUGGAAAGAUUAUUACAGAUAAUAUAGCAUUUGUUAAAACAGUAAAAGUAAUUGGGACUAGAGAGAAUACUAUAAAUUCAGAUUUAUCUGAUAUAUUAUCAGAAGAUGUAGAGGAAAAAGUAAAAGAGGCUGCUGAGAUAUCUAUGGGAACUGAAAUCUCUGAAGAUGAUAUUUUAAAUAUUCAACAUUUAUGCGAUCAAGUUAUUGAAAUUUCUCAAUAUAGAACACAAUUAUAUGAUUAUCUUAAAGCAAGAAUGAUGGCAAUGGCACCAAAUUUAACUGUUCUUGUCGGAGAGUUAGUGGGAGCUCGUUUAAUCUCACAUGCUGGCUCUUUAAUUAAUCUUGCUAAGCAUCCAGCAUCUACUGUGCAAAUACUUGGUGCUGAAAAAGCUCUCUUUAGAGCAUUAAAAUCAAAAAAAGAUACUCCAAAAUAUGGUUUAAUUUAUCAUGCACAACUUGUUGGACAAUCUUCAACAAAAAAUAAGGGAAAGAUGUCCAGAAUGUUAGCUGCUAAAGCUUCAUUAGCAACUAGAGUAGAUGCAUUAGGAGAAGAUGGCAGCUUUGAUCUUGGUGCAGAACAUAAAGCUAAAUUGGAAGCACGUUUGAGGAUUUUAGAAGAAGGGAAUUUUCGUAGAAUUAGUGGCACAGGCAAAGCAAAAGCAAAAUUUGAGAAAUAUUAUACUAAAAGUGAAUAUAUUCAGUAUUCUGUUAAUGAGGAUAUAACUCUUCGACAUGGGAAAAGAAAACAUUCUGAAAUUGAAGAUAAAAAAACGCUGAUCGAAGAAAUUACAAAGCCAGAUGAAGAAAUUACAAAACCAGUUGAAGAAAUUACAAAGCCAGAUGAAGAAAUACCUAAGAAAAAGAAAAAGAAGGAAGUUAGUGACAGUGUAGAUGAAUCAGUAACUCAGGAAGUAGCUCAGUCAGAAGAAGUUCCGACAAAGAAAAAGAAGAAAAAAAAUAAAGUACAGGAUAUAGAAGAUAAUAUUGAAUCAAGCUUUAAAUGUGAACAAGAAGGAGAGAAAGCAGUAGAAAACAUUCCUGGGAUAUCAGGGGAGCAAACAAAGAAGAAAAAAAAGAAAAAAGAUAAGGAUCGGGAGAUUGAAGAGACUACAUUUACAAAUGAAGAAACAAGUGAAAAAGUUAUAAGCGAAAAAAGAAAAAAAAAGAAAAAGAAAUCUCAAGAUGAAUGAAAUUUUUUCAACAUAUGCAAUUUAAAGAAGUAACUUUUUAAAAAUAUAACUGUUCAUUAUCGAUUGUAAACUUAUAUAUAAUUAAAAAAUUAAUUUUCUUUAAAUAUACAUAUAUGAAAUUAUGUUUUUAUAAUAGAAUUCAAUUAUAUAUUUUUAAAUAUAAACAAUAUAAUCAUACAAUUUGAAGAUAAGUGUAUAAAAAUGAUUGUGAGUCUGUGCUUUGUAAGAUGUAUUAUUAAAAUACAAAUAUUUCAAGCAUUGAAUAAAGAAUGAUCAGUAAAUAGCUUAGUUAAUAUUUAGAAAUAUGCUCAGUAUUAGUGCUUUAGUGUCUUCUUCAUUUUUAUAUAUCUUUUUUAAUAUGAUAUAUGUCUUAAAACAUCAUUGAUAUUUACUCGUUAUUAUCUAUUUCUUUUAAUAACACACUUCGAAGUUUAAAUUUUGUAAAUUCAUAGUUCUGCAUGUAUGUAUUAUCUGAUUCCAAAAUUCUUCAAUAGUAUUAAUGGAUGUUUCAUAAAAAAUUAAUUACGAAUAUCUCUAUAAAUAAUUUAUAAAUAUUUGUAUAAUAAUUGUUGUACUGAUGCAUUUAAAUAAAUUUAAUGAUAAUAUGGUUACAUGUAAUGAACCAGAAGUGGAAUCUA